GAUCGACGAAGGGAUAAAAGGAGAUAAGAGGAGCAGGAGUUACCUACCGGUACAGGGCUGCUGUAACAGGCUGCUUGGCUGGACUGCACGUACGCUGUUAUAUAGUACAGUGUAUACGUUUCCCCAGUCCCGGUGGUGUAGCAACAGCACGUGUGCCACAUAGGAGGAGGAGGAGGAUGAGCGGCGCAAUGACGUUGAUGUUACUGCUGCUCUCGGCACUAACUGCAGGCCUGCUCUUGGACAGCUGCCAGGCCGAUGAAAAAGCGUCGUUUUACGGAGCGAGCUACAUCCAUCUGUCAGUCCAGGAGGCGAGGAGUGCCACCGACAUAAGCUUUCGAUUCCGCACGCAUCUGGCUGACGCGAUGCUGCUAUUGACCGCCGGUAGGACGGAUUAUUGCCUGAUCAAGCUCGAGUCUGGAGGCUUGAAGGUCCACAUAAAUCUGGGAGCGGGUGAGAAGGAGUUGGCGAGCGCGCGUGAACUGAAGCUCAACGACCUCAGCUGGCACGAGGUCAACCUAACGAGGCGCGACGCCAAUAUAACCCUGAGAAUCGACGUUAUUCACUCGGUGAGCGACGUACUGCCCGGCAAAUUCUUCGAGCUCAACAUCAACUUUGGCGUCUACAUCGGCGGACAGGGCAGGCUCAGCGAGCUAUUUCUCGGUCACACGGAGUACCUGAGGGGCUGCAUGGCCGAUAUUAUUUACAACGGGAUCCGGGUGAUCGAGCAGACGCGCCGCAGAAACUCGAGCGAGGCCACUGCCGUCAAUUGGGGCUGCUCCGCGGAGUUUGACGCCAGCUACGACGCCGAGGUGAGCUUCGUCGAGGACGGGGCUUUCGCCGCCCUUCCCCGCAACGUCCCGCGCUCCGGGUCCAGGUGGGAGGUGGAGCUGAAGACGGCGGCCCAGAGCGGACUGUUGUUGUUCAACGCGGGUCGCUCGACGGACUUUCUGGGCGUGGAGUUGGAGGAGGGCAGGGUGCGGCUGCUGAUGAACAAGGGCACGGGUCCCACGGAGCUCGUGCACGGCCGGACGGUGGCCGAUGGCCACUGGCACAGGCUCGCGGUCGACUUUACCCCGAGCUUCGUGGGCAUCAGCGUGGACGGCGAGCCGAGGAACAUGAGCUUACCGGCGAGCAACCGUUACCUCGAUCUGGCCGACACGUUCUACGUGGGGGGAACGGAGCUCAACAGACGGGCCAAGGCGCUGGCCAAGGGCCUCAAGUCCGGGGACCUCAGCUACAGGGGCUGCCUGAGGGCCAUGGUCCUCGGGGGCCACGGGCUCGGGUUGCCCCACGUCAAGGUCAGCCAGGGUCUCGUGGCCGGCUGCGUGUGGCGGUUUCCCUGCACCGAGGCCGACACUGAGCCCUGCGUCCCCGGGGCCAGCUGCUCCCAACUCGGGGUCAGGUCGUUCAAGUGCACCUGCGACCAGAGCCUCUGCAUCAGGCCCAACUUUACCGAUGAGCACAAGUUGAGCGUCGAUCUGCCGGUGAGCCUCGAGGUUCUGGCGCUGAGACCCUUGCAGGUGGUCGAGGCACGCCGGGCGGUCUUGGGCGAGCGGCAACUGGCCAUGGUGCUGGACAUCGCCAAGUACGGGCUGGACGAGUCCAACGUCGUUUUUCUCGUCGUCGGCCAACCGGCACACGGCGUCCUGCUCCUCGACAAGGCGCCCCUACCCGCCAAGGCGACCUUUACCCUCAACGACGUCUACCAGCACAGGAUUACUUACCAGCACGACGGUGGCGAGAGCACGGGGGACAGCGCGAUCUUGAAGGUGGCGCUGCAGCAACAGCAGUCGGCGUCGUCUUCGUCAUCGUCGUCAUCUGGCGUAGCAGCAACAUCGGCCGGAGGCGGUGGCGGAGUUGGAGUAGGAGGCGGUAGCAGCCGGCAACCGCUUCCGGGUUACUUUCAAGACAGUCUGCGAUUCACUUUGCACGUCAACGUGACUCCGGUUAAUGAUCCGCCGCGGCUCGAGAUACCCACCAACUCCCAGCUGAGAUUGGCCCAAGCGAGUCGAAAGGCACUGACGAAGGAGUUGCUUUGGGCCGUGGACGCGGACACGCCCGCCGGGGCGCUCGUUUACACGGUUCUCGCCAACGACACCGACGCCGGACACGUCGAGAGACUCGGCCAGACCGUCGACACCUUCACCCAGGCGGACUUGGAGCGCGGCUUUGUCGACUACGUGCACAGUGGCAAAGAUAAGACAAAAGCGGUGCUGGGGCUGAGGGUGAGCGACGGCGAGGCGAGCAGCGGGCCCCAGUACUUGCGAGUAAGCACGUACCCGCUGAGCAUAAGGCCGAAGGUAAACACGGGUCUGGUGGUCGUGCAUCGGUCGUUUUCCUAUCUAAGCCCGGCGAACUUGAGCUUCGUGACCAACGCCGAGGAUCCGAGGGUCGACUUGCGCUACGCGAUACUCAAGCAGCCGCAGUACGGGGUGAUACAGCGACAGCGCGAACCCGGACAGCCGUGGAUGGACGCCGAGUACUUUACCAGCCGCGACCUCGAGCUCCAGACCGUCAGGUACCUCCACACCACGGGCAGUCCACGACACGACUCCUUCAAGUUCCAGGCGAGCGUGCGCGAGGUCCGUCCGGCCGCUACCUACGAUUUCAACGUAACCUUCAUAAUCCUCGAGCUGCUCGAGAUCAACCGGCACGAGGUCAACUUCACGGGCACCGCCGACGUGGUCGUCGAGCCACCAAACCUAAGCUACCAGACGAACCCCUUACCGAGCGAGCCCACGACCGUCCUCUACAGCCUCCUGGAGCCAUCCCACUACGGACACCUCUACCUCGAUUACGACCAACUCAGCCCUGGUCAGACCUUCACCCAACACGACAUAAACACCGCCCGGCUACGCUACCGGCUCCACCGGCGCGCCUACUCCCCCGUAGAGGACGCGAUAGGCUUCAAGGUCAGCGCCCCACAGUGCAGCGACCUCGAGGCUACUCUCAACUUCCGCUACCUGUGGCCGGUCGGGGAACCCCCCAGCCCCCCGCUCCUUCUCGCCGAGUCUGAGGCGCUGCGCGUCGCUGAGGGCAGCCGGGCGGCUCUCCUACCGGCACCCCUGAGCGCCACCUACCGGGACCUCGAUCUGCGCUCGCUGGUCUUCAACCUGACCGAAUCCCCGCGCCACGGCUGGCUCGCCUGCUACGACGGCGCCCUACCUGUUCGGCGGAACGCUACCCACUUCACCUUGCAGGAACUCGCGAGCCAGUCCGUGUUCUACGUCCACGACGACUCCGAGUCGGCGAGCGACGGGCUCGAGUACCUGGCGCUGACGUCCGACGAGGCCACGGACUUUAUGCGCCGGGGCGCGCUGCGCGUUGACAUCGAGGCCAGGAACGACAACGCGCCCAAGCGACUCGAUCGCAGGGUCUUCCACGUGGUCUCGAGAUCAACGAGGAUCAUUACCCGGAGCGACCUCCGCUACACGGACGACGACCUUGGCACGCGACCCGUUGACCUGGUUUACAAGAUCAAGCAGCUCAGCGGUGGGGAGAUCUAUCGGGUUGUCGACGGCAGCCCCGUGGACCGGUUCACCCAGCAGGACAUCGACGACGAGGUGGUGGCGUACAGGCACCGGGGCAACCGGGAGUUCGAGAGGGUGGACUUUACGGUCAGCGACGGCGAGCUCUUCGCCAACGGCGAGCUGGAGAUCCAGGCGGGCCGGCCGUACGUGAAGUUGCUGCUCAGCACCGACACGCUCGUCCAGUCUAACCGGACGACCUACCUCGGGACCAAGGACAUCGACGCCGAGACCAACGUCCAUGCCAACUCGACGGACAUCGAGUUCCGGCUCUUGGAGCGGCUCAAGCACGGGACACUGCUCAAGUUCAACCGGGAGACCGAGGGCUUCGACAUGGCCGACCUGGUGCGCGGUGCCGUGGCUUACCGGCACACAGCCAAAUCCCUCAAGCCGGACCAGUUGGCACUGAGGGUGAAGGUCAAGGACGCCGAGGACAGGGGCACGCUCGCGGUCAAAGUGCUCCCUGAGAGCUACUGGGAGCCCCUGUUGGUGCAGCACAACGGGACCGUGUACGUCGAGGAGGCGACGAGCGUCGUCAUCAGCAGGAAGAGCCUCGAAAUCGGCCACCCGGACGUGCCGCCCGGUCGCGUCACCUACCACAUCAGGGAGUGGCCCAAGAACGGACACCUGGAGGUGCAGACGCGCGACGAGGACGAGGGCGGGAACGAGGAGGAGGACGGGGAGAGCCACGCGGUGGAGAGCUUCGAGCAGAGCCUCGUGAACGAGGAUCGGGUCCACUACGUGCAGACGACGCCCAACCGGACGAGGGACAGCUUCGUGGUGGACGUGAGCAACGGGGUGGUCUGGCUGCGCAACCUGAGCGUCAGCGUGGCCAUUAUCCCGGCCAAGUUGUACGUGGCCGCGCGCAACCUGACGGUCCUCGAGGGUAAGAGCGUGGCUCUGCGCGAGACGGACUUUUACGCGCUGACGGGGUACUUUGCCGGCAAGCUGACCGACUACCGGGUGGUCGAGAAGCCGAGGCACGGGGGUUUGGUGGACGCGGCGAAGGGCGGGCCGGUGAAAAAGUUCUCCCAGGGGCAGCUGGCCGCGAGGGAGAUCGUGUACAGGAAUAGCGGGGAUGAAGUGGCGGCGGAUCGGUUCAAGCUGGCGGUGAUGGCCGGGGAGAAGAGCAGCGAGCCCUUCGACGUGUGGGUGAACGUCGAGCCGGUCAACGAUCAAGUGCCGGUUGUCGUGAACAGGACGAGGUUCAGCGUGUGGCAGGGCGGAUCUGUCGUCGUGGGCAGUGAGUACCUGGCUGCCAAGGAUAACGACUCGGCUCCCGAGGACUUGGUUUAUAGGGUCAGGAGUUUGGCGAAUGGUUACUUUUCGCUGAGCGAGGCGCCGGGCAUUGAGAUCGGCAACUUUACGCAGGAGAUGAUCGACGCCCGGCAUGUUCUGUUCACGCACAGGAGCGGCAGUGAGGCGGAAUUUAAGUUCACGGUUAGCGACGGCCCGCACACAACGGACCUUUACUCGGUGAGCGUGUCGACCAAACCCAUCCGUAUACGGCUCGAACGCAACAGGGUCCUCAACAUCUUUCCACUGGCAAGAAAACCCAUCACGAGCGAUCUGCUCCUGGCUAAAUGCACCGACCCCAACCGGGACUUGAAAUACGUGGUAAGACUCGGCGCCGGGAUGGGAAAAAUCAUGAUGGAAACGAACGAGGGCACCUGGGUCCCCGUCGACCGGUUCACCCAAAAGGACCUCAAUGACAGCAGAGUCUCCUACGAGCACGUCAAGUCCUUCAACAACAUCAACGCCAGCGACAGCUUCAUCUUCGACGUCGAAACCAACUUUGCCAACACAAUCAGGGAUCAGAUAUUCAACAUCGACAUAUCAAUCUCGAGCGGCGGCCUGCACCGCUACGUUAGCUUCACCCCGGUGCAAGUGAUCGAGGGUGGCUCGUCGACCUUUGGAAUAAACAUCAGCGAGAUCGUGACGUUCCUCCGGACGAAGGCUGCCAUAGCCAACCCCGACGUCUUCGUGAGACUGAUAAGGCAGCCGAGCUACGGGCACGUGAUGCUCCUGCCCGACCUGAACAUCACGACCUUCUCCGAGUCGGAGGCCAGGAGCGGCAAGAUAGCCUACUUCCACGACCACUCGGACACCCUCAGGGACCAGAUCGACUUCACGGUCUACGUGUCCCCGGGCCACGUGGUCCUGUGCAACGUCUCGGUGCCCGUCGACGUGGCCCCCAUAAACGACCAGCCCUUCAAACUCGAGGUCAUCAAAGAUAUCGACGUCGUCCAGAACCAGACGCAAACCAUCACCCGGGACAAUCUCCUCACCACGGAUCCGGACACCGAGCCCAAGGACAUCAUCUACGAGAUCAUAAACGCCCCGACGUACGGCCGCCUGCUCCUCCUCUCGGCGGACUCCAACUCCAACACCAAGACCCACCAGCCGAAGAACUUUACGCAGCAGGACGUGGACUCGUCGCGGCUGGUCUACGAGCACAGGGGACCCCUCCUACUCUCGACCUUCUACUUUCGGGUGUCGGAUGGGCACUUCAACCACGACUACAAGAUCUUCAACAUAAACGUCCACCCGAUCAGGCUGGCCGUGAGCGUGGCUCGGCCCGUCGAGAUCCAGCAAGGCCUGACCUCCACCACCAUAGACACCGAGAGCCUCAAGCUCGAGACGAACGUCCGCCCGGACCUGGUCCGCUACGAGGUGACUCGAGCCCCAAGACACGGGGCCCUCCACAUACGCGAGCAAAGCAACAACUUCCGACACACGGACCUCCUGUCCAAGAGCAUCGUGUACGUGCAGCAGGACAUGACGGCGAGCAACGACAGUCUCGAGCUGUCCGCCCGGGUGAGCGAGUUUGAGUUGCGCGGCAUCAGCGUGCCCAUCCGCGUCGUGCCCCUGAUGAUAAUUAGCCCGAGCCUUGAGGUGUACGCGGGCGAGAGAACGAGGCUGGGAAUCGGGUACUUUGACGCGACGCCCUUGGCCAAGCUGGCCGGCAGCGACCCCGUGUUCAGGGUGACCCGGCGCCCGAGGUUCGCCAAGAUCAUGCGCAUCAUGAACAGGACCGUGUCCUCGGGGGAGAAGAAACGGGCCCUGCAGGAGCAACGGGAGAUCGGCAAGUUCUCGCACUCGCAGGUGCUCUCGGGCGUGGUGUACCUCGUCUGCACGAACGUGCCCUCGAACGACGUCAACGGGGUGAGCGAUGGCUUCGAGUUCGUGCUCGUCGUGCCCCAUCAGACCGCCUUCCGCUUCCAGCCGGCCGUGGGUAGUUUUGAGUUCCGGCUCAAGCUGAGCAGCGACUACUACAACAACUCGCUCGAGCCGAUGGACCCGGUCGGCCACGAGGGCGAGAUGACCGUGGCCCCGAGCAUGGCCAACGACUACACCCUGCUGAUCGGCGCCCUCGCGGGCAUCUUUGUCCUCGCCCUGUGUAUCAUCGUGACCAUAAGGUGCAGGCACGGCAGAGGCAAGAAGAAAAAGAAGAAGCCAAGCGGGGCAGGGGAGUCAUCCUCGUCGUCGAUAGACCCGGCCCAUCAGCAGGACGCCAAGGUGGAGCCGGCGUGCAACGUGUCGUCGCUGCCGAGGCCACCAGACCACUUGCUACCCGCCACGCCGCACCUCAAGCGGUACUGCGCGCCCAACGACGUUGUCCUCGCCAGUAGCAUAAGCUCGAGCACCCCACUCCCGCCCCUCAUGGGCCCACCAACCCUGACCUCGACUCUACCCCAGUGCAAGGUGAUAGCCCUGAGCCCGAUGGACAGCAUCAUGGGCUCGGACGUGGACGUGUCGGCUAGGUACCCGUACGGGGUGGGGGACGCCGACGAGUGGAGCAGCUUCGAGACGACGGAUCUGCCGUGCCCGUCUCACGCCUCCCAACCACCCCGGGCCACCCCGAACAACCCCCUGCUCAGGAAGAACCAGUACUGGGUCUAGCACGAGUGUUGUCCCCAGCUGGGAGCCCAACAGCCGGGGAUGCUGGCCACGUAGCGACCGCCCGGCGCCGCUCGCGAGCGGUGCCUCGACGCCCUGCACUGUGUCGAGCGGCAGCCGGAGAGGCGGCUCAAGAAGAAGAAAUCGGUGAGCUAUCGGCCCGGGGACGCGGAUAUCAUCGGCUGACUCGCUGCAAUGGACACCGAUAUAUGCGGCUCCUCCCGGGUCCGAGGUGAUGUAACG